AAAAAAAAAAGGGCCCACAAAAAAAAAGGUUUCGUUAUUUAUUGUUUUCUCCCCACUCUAAUUUAAAAAAUCACAAAAAUGGCUUCAAGGCUUCUUUCUAAUACCCUUCAAGCUAAUGUUAGCUUGACCAAGCAGUUCGUUCGUCCUAUGGCCACUGCUGCCAAGCAAGCUACAGCUACCCGUGUCACCAACUUGCCUAACGGUCUUACCGUUGCCACCGACGAAAACCCUUCUGCUGGUGCCGCCACUGUUGGUGUUUGGAUCGAUGCCGGUUCUCGUGCUGAAUCCGCCAAGACCAACGGUCUUGCCAACUUUUUGGAACACGUUGCUGUCCAGGGUCAAGCUGCCAAGUUUGAAAAGAUUGGUGGUGUCCUUACUGCCCAAACUGGCCGUGAAUUCACUUCAUUUGCUGCCAAGACCUUGGGAGCUAAUGUCGGACAAUCUGUCGAAGUUCUUGCUGAUCUCAUCCAAAACACCAAGAUUGAUGCUGCCACUGUUGACAAGCAACGUCAAGCCAUCUUCAAGCAACAACUUGCUGCUGAGUCUGAUUAUGAGUCCGUUGUUUUCGACCAUUUGUAUGCUACUGCUUUCCAAGGUGAAUCCUUGGGUCGCCCUGUUGCUGGUAUUAAGGAAACCGUUGAAGGAUUAACCGCUGAGGAUUUGAUUGCCUUCCAAAAGCAAUACUAUGGUGCUGACCGUAUGGUCUUGGUUGGUUCUGGUGAUGUUGAUCAUGAUGCUCUUGUUCGUCUUGCUGAACAAAAGUUUGGUGGUCUUCAAGCUGCUACCCCUGCUGCUGCCAGCCCCAAGGCUAUCUUCACUGGUUCCGAAGUUCGUCUCCGUGAUGAUGUUUUACCUUUGGCCCGUGUUGCUCUUGCUGUUGAAGGUGCCCCUUACCUUUCUGACGACUACUUCAAGUUGCUCGUUAUGCAAGCCGUUAUUGGUUCUUGGGAUAAGGGAUUAGGUGGUGCUGCCAACCUUUCUUCCAGAUUGUCCACUGUUGUGAACACCAACCAUCUCGCCAACUCUUUCUCUGCAUUCACCAAGGGUUAUAAGGAUACCGGUUUGUGGGGUAUGUACUUUGUUACUGAAAACAAGGAUCAAAUCGAUGAUUUCGUUCAUUUCACUCAAAGAGAAUGGGCCCGUCUUUCCACAAAUGUCACCUCUUCUGAGAUUGAGCGCGCAAAGCAACAAGUGAAGGCUAGUUUGUUAUUGAGCCUCGAUACUACCUGUGCUGUUGCUCAAGAUAUUGGUUCUCAAGUCCUUGCCUCCGGUAAGCGUUUGGAUGCUCAAGAAUUAGAGUCUACUAUCAACAAGAUCUCUGCUGAUGAUGUCCGUAAGGCCGCCAACAAGUAUUUAUGGGAUCAAGAAGUUGCUGUUGUUGGUCAAGGUCCUAUUGAAUGUUUGACUGAUUACCUUAGAGUUCGUGGUUUCAUGGCAUACAACAGAUUCUAAACUAUACAAUCUAUAAAUUCAAAAUAAAAAAGAACGAGAAAAAAAGAUGAUGGGGAAAGGCUUUUUUUGAAUAUGGACACACACUACUUCUUUG